AAACUCCGAGCCAACUGGCCGUGUCGCGUCUCCUAGUGAUACAAGAAAAGGAUUCUCUCUGGACAAGCAAAAAACAACGGAUAAUGUCCGCCUACGAAGAGAUGUCAGCGAAGACGUCGCGGCGUCUCUCGCCAGUUUGGUUUCUAGUGAUCACUAUGCUCCUGUUUGUGACUACCUUAACGGCGGUAGCUGUUAUCGAAGCUGGACGCGCACAGACCCCAGCCGCCGGCGAGAGCGAUCUUCUGAUCCUUACACGCAUGUGGAAUCACUUUAAGGCAGGUGCCGAGAACGAUACGGAAGUCGCCACCGUGGAGCGAAUUGCUCGGGAAGCUGGCAAUUCCACAGAUCCGCCUAGGACGCCUGGGCAGGGCAGAAACUUCUACGAGGAGCAGCAGGCGGUGGUGGUGAAUGCGGAGAGCAUGGAUCCAGUGAUGGGCCAGCGUCAAGAUGCCUACGGGCCGCCCCAGAGCAGAGAGGACUCCUACGACCAGGACCCCUACUACGAUGUGGCGGACGACUAUGGACCAGGACGUUACCCCUAUCCAGAGUCCAGGGAGCAGCCUGCUGAGGAGGAUGUCUUAUCAUCGCCGGAGUCGGGUGAGGGCAGGGCGUCGCAGGCUCGUCCAUAUGAUUCCUUCUACGCUCCCUGGUCGUAUGCAAAGAAACCGGCUCCAGUGGCCACACAUCCUGCGGCUGAGGGGAAUAACAGGAAGCUGCAGGCUACGCCCAAUAGGUCCCCUUAUCCUGCCUACGAUGAGGUCUACGACUAUCCCAUGGGCUUCCAGCCGCGUCCACAUCCAGAAACACAGAUGGCCAAACAAUCUCAACCCGCUCCCGAAAAUGCAGUGGCCCCCCAGGCUCAGAGCGAGUCCACUCUGGUCACCGUGCUGAAGAGUCUCAAGCAGAUCUGGGAUCUGUAUCAGGCUCUGAUGAGCGCCUGGAACGCUGUUAGCGAACGUCAUCAGCAGAGCACAGAGAAGUUCCGCAAGGAACAAGCACAGAAGCAGGCGGAGAAGGAUCGACUACGUCAGCAGCAGCAGCAGAAAACGAGGAUCAACUCCAAGAAACCAGCAAGGGUGGAGGGAGACAAGAAGAACCAGAGCAAGAAGCCCAACACAACGACUACAAAGUCUACAAGCACGACUACUUCCACCACGACAUCGGCUCCAGACAGCUCCGAAGAGGAGGAGGAGGAGCAGCAGCAGCAGGCGGAGAAGGUGGUGAAAGUUGAGGCGGCCACACCAUCGGCUCCAUCAUCAGCCAAAGUGGAAUCACGCAAGGGCGAGAAAGCUAGCUUGAGGUCGGUGAGAGGUUUGCGGCAGAGAAGAGAUGCCGAGACGGAGGACAAGGCUGACACGGAUGUGGGCGAAGGUCGCUACAUCAAGGGCGAUCCCCUUAAGGGUUACUAUGACUUUGUCAUCACGGAGGGUUCCUACAAGUUUUGGGCUGUCUUUCAGGUGGGCACAGCACUGCUGAUUAUCUACUCAACAUUCGCCGCCAUUUACUACUCCAAGGUGAAUCCGCUGACCAGUGACUACGAUUACACCGACUACCUAGGCGGCGUGCGCUCUCUGUCUGGCGGCGAUGCCGAUUUUGUGGACGACGGUGAUGCGGCGACACCACCCGUAUCGACCACCUCCCGCAUCCUGGAGUGGAUUCCACGGACGACGCACUCCGUUAAAUUUAUUUUGGAUGCCAUCGACAAGAUGCCUUUGGAUCAUGACAAGGCCAAGGAGCCCGGCUGGUCCACAGACCAAGCGACGGGCAUGAGAUAGGGAAUCGCGAUA